UCGUUACAAGUUUUUGUUUAUAAAUAAAAGGAGUGAGUAUCAAAAGAGAAGUUUGUUUUUGUGGUGAUUAUUGGAUCAGUUGGUGUGAUCGUUAUAAAUUUCUAAUAGAGUAUUUUUUUUCAUUUGGUGCGUUCUAUAUUAGUGUCCUGAUAAAGAUGUGGAAAUUAAUCUUAACCACCUUUCUUUCAACAACCAUUGCCAUUCCUCCACAACCAGUUUUGUUCAUUCAAAGAGAACCCCACCCUCUCUCUGAUGAGUUCAUCGAAUCAAUAAAUAGGGCACAAUCUACAUGGACAGCCGGUCGCAACUUUGAAGAAAACAUUUCAAUGUCCCACAUCAAGGGGCUUAUGGGAGUACUUCCCAAUCACAAAAAUUUUCUUCCACCUAUUAUGAAGCAUAAUUUAGAAGGUGUGGAGAUUCCCACAGAGUUCGAUUCCAGACAAGAAUGGUCUCACUGUCCAACCAUUCAGGAAAUUAGAGAUCAGGGUUCAUGUGGAUCUUGUUGGGCCUUUGGAGCAGUUGAAGCAAUGUCAGAUAGAGUGUGUAUCCAUUCUGAAGGUUCUGUCAAUUUCCAUUUUUCUGCCGAUGAUCUUGUGUCUUGCUGCUGGACAUGCGGAAUGGGAUGCAACGGAGGAUUUCCAGGAGCUGCCUGGAACUACUGGGUACGAAAAGGGCUGGUAUCUGGAGGACCUUAUGGAUCAGAACAA